AUGACUGCACGAGAACCUUUUCCAAACGCUUCUGAAAAUUGUGAUGACAAAGCAAUUGUGAAUGCUGGAUCAUUAAUUGGGUUUGCAUGUGCAUCUGGGAUCAAAGCAUGUGAAAAUGGAAAAGAAGAAAGUGGCUUAUUUACGAAGCAUUUCCUGAAACACAUUGUAAAGCCUGAUACAGACUUUUCAAAGAUAUUACGUGCUGUUACCAGAGCAGUGAAAGAAGAGUCAAAAUCAAGACAGAUACCAUGCUAUAUUGGUGCAUUAUUAAUAGAAGAUGAUAUAUGCUUGUAUUAG